AUACAUUCUUCCAAGAAAGAAAAACCCCUCUCUAGCAAUACACACCAAACUGAGCAUGUGCAGAGUGACUCCACACGAUAUGUCUUAUCAGGAGAUAAGAAGCGGACACUGGAAGCAGGGGAGGAUCAGAGAAGACAGGAUCAAACAGCCUUUUUACACGAUGCAGAGGAUUAACUCCUUCCACAGUGAGUAUAACAAGCAUGCUUUACUGCCAGGGGCGGACUGACAACUCAUGGGGCCCCGGGCAAUAGGGGAUCAUGGGGCCCCUGUGUCCUUGACAAACUCAAAAAAGCCUAU